CACCAUGCAAAAAGAUAAGAUAAAGGCCAUAUAAAAAUAACAGAGAUGCGCAUCCAUCCCUCACUGUCAGCUGCACAUAUAGUAUCAGCCGCCUCCAGCUACAAGAGUGGAUUUGCGAGGACGACUGGCUGUCUCUUCAUCCAAGCAUCACCUGUCAAGAUGUCUCCUAAAUUACGGUGCGCCCCCAAUGACCUGCACACAUCCAGAGAGGCAGGGACGCUCAGCCGGUUUUCUGUUCGCAGCCCAAUGAAGGAAGCUGGAGACACUUCAAAUGACUCCGGUGAAAAUUUGCCUCGAAAACCACUGACUAUUAUCAGAGGGGAAGCCUUCUCAAUGGAAAAUCUAAAACACAAAACCAGACGUGAGAAGUGUGGACAGCGGGGCAGGCGCAGGAUGAAGGCAAACGACAGGGAGCGCCACCGGAUGCACAACCUGAACUCCGCUCUGGACGCGCUGAGGAGCAUCCUGCCGGCACUGCCCGAAGACGCGAAGCUGACAAAAAUCGAAACUCUGCGCUUUGCCCACAACUACAUCUGGGCUCUGACCGAGACUCUGCGCAUGGCCGACCAACACGGACACACUCCGGAUUACGUACCUGUGGGAUCAGAUCUCAGCAGCCCAGCGAGUGUUCUGUCUGCGGAGUGGGACUCGGCAUCACCUGCAGAGUCUGGUUAUAUGACUUCAGCUGACUUUGACCCAAGAAACUGUUACACACGCGCUCAUGAAAUGAACUGUAAGAUUUUAUCAAGCGGCCAAUCCAGUGUUAUCCCCGUUACCAUUUAUUUCAAGUCAUUCUGUGGUGAAAGUGAUCUCAAAAACACUUGGCACCGUUGACUUUUCUUGACUUCCAUCUUUUUGUGACGAACUCGCAAUGGCUGCCCAUAACUCACAGAAAACACAAAAGUGCUGCCGCUCUCUAUGAGGUGAAAAACUUUUAGGCAUGUUGCACUUUCAGACGCAGUGAUCAGUGAUGUCAGAGCAGGUGUCAUCGAUUGGGAUCCUAAUUUGCCAUGAAACACACGUGCCCAUACAGAGCAGAGCAGCAUUUUCUGCCUUCAGUGUAAAUAUAUUCUUUAAAAGCACUUAAACAGAGUCACAAAACUGAAUCUGUUCAAAAUGACUGCAUAAGAGGUACUUUCGAAAGUAACUAACUUCUUUGUUUUAGAAAAUGAUUUCAUGACUGUUUCACUCUGUUUUUGCAAAGCAAUGUUAAACAGUUUUGAUGAAAGACCAUGAAGCACAAUCAAUGAUUUAGGAAAACAGAACUGGUUCAAAGAUAACAUUUAUUUGGUAGACAUAUUCAAAUGUGGUUUUGCUGCAUAAAAGCAAGUCUAUUUAUUUAAUAAAACUGUAGAAAACGUG